CUUUUCAACCUUCUCAAUUCACACACUUCGUCAAUCACACAUCCCCUUUGUACUGAAUGCACAACUACAUUAUUGGAGAACCUAGAAAAAAAGCUUGAAGAGACCAGGCGCGAGAGGGAUGGUUAUCUAGCAUUUGAAAGGGAUGUGAGAAGAAAAAGGGAUGCAAUUUUAGCUGCUGGUGAAGAUGGGGAUGGAGAAGAGAAGCGGUUAGAACUGGAAGCUGAGGCCUCCAAAGCUGUAGCGGAACUUCGGGCAACAGAGCACGAAAAGCGACAGCUAGAAGCCGAGCUAGCAGCACUUGAGGAGGAGGAGAAGGCGCUUGAAGAGGAAGAGUCGGAGUUCUGGGCGAAUCAUUCGCAAACGACUCUUCUUCAUGCGCGCGCAUCAGACACGGUCGCAUCUCUCAAUGCCGCAAUUUCUCAGACACAGCGCGAUUUGGCUUCGCUGGCACGCACGAACGUAUACAAUGAUGCAUUUUGUAUCGGUCAUGAUGGCCAUGGCAUCGGAACUGUGAACGGGCUACGGCUUGGGCGAGUCAGUGGCGUCAAUGUUGAAUGGGCAGAAAUCAAUGCUGCUUGGGGGUGGACGUUACUUCUGUUGUAUACGAUAGCGAAGAAGGUGGGGGUUGAAUUUGAAACGUAUCGGCUUGUUCCCAUGGGCUCCACAUCAAGAAUAGAGAAGAUCACAGGCGAUAAGGCGACGUAUGAGCUAUAUGGCUCUGGCGACGUUCACCUAACGCGCUUACUGCACAACCGGCGGUUUGACUACGCGAUGGUAGCGUUCCUGGACUGCCUUCGCCAGAUGAUGGAGCACGUUAACUCCGUUGAUCCCAGUGUGGAGUUCCCUCAUGCAAUUGUCAAGGACAAAAUUGGAGAGGCCUCGAUCAAACUACAAUUUAAUCAGGAAGAGGUCUGGACCCGUGCGAUGCGCCAUGUUCUGCUGGCGUUGAAAUUGCUGUUGAAGUGGGCUACGAGCGGGUAA